CCUCUAUCUGCCCCAUCACCAUCAAGGGCAUUUUGUGGACGUCUUUUCCACCAUGUAAGCUAUCACCGCAUCCCGCUUACAAGCUCACUAUCUCCCCCGCAUAAUCAAUUGCGCCGCCUCAGAAUCGAAUCUCGCUGCCACGUCGCCGGACUAAGUGGCGAGCUUAAGUUUUUACGCGUCGGCGGAAUGGCGAGUCGCGCGGCGGGCGGCGGCAAGCCCGGGCGGGAGAGCAAGGGCGAGAAGGGAAACAAGGAGCUCGCCGUAACAGCCGCCGCGUUAGACGCGGCGAUGGAGACGCCGCUUUUGGCGGAGGAGGAGGAGGACGAGCUGGAGAUGGCCAAGGCGUGGAAGGCGGUGGAGGCGGUGCGCGUGAGUGUGGAUCUGCCGGCGGCUGCGAAGCAGCUGAUGACGCUGCUGCGGCGCGUCGACCAGCACGGGCGGCUGUACGCGGGGCAGGCGGUUAAAGACGCCAUUAGGAGGUACGAGCAGUGCUGGCUGCGCAUGGCGUACGGGCAACCAGACGACGUGAUGCGCACGCUGCAGCCGCCGCUGGACGUGCAGUGGGUGUGGCUAGUGCACCGCCUCAACCCGGAGGCCUACGCGGAGGAUUGUGACACCAUCCUCGGUCGAUUACUCGAUGGUUCCAUAUUCGACCCCGACGAUGACGACGUGGGCAGUGAGAGCGCACGGGGGGAGGCCGCAGCGGUGGCGGCGUGCCGGGCGCUGUGGGAGGAGCUGUUCCCGCUGGAGCCCUACGAUGCCCCCGGCCCCACUGCUGCUGCUGCUGCUGCUGCUGCUGCGGAUACUGGCAAUGCUGAUGCUGACGGUGGUGGUUCGGGUGAGGGUGUUGGGGAGGAGAGGGGUGAGGGGAGUGAAGCAAGAGAAGGAGAGGGUGCAACUACAGGGGAUGCUGAUGCUGUUGAUGGGACGAGGCAGGGGAAUGGAGCAACAGGAGCACCCGCACAAUCAUCACCAACAGCAGCAGCAGCAGCAGCAGCAGCAGCAGCAGCACCGGCGCCACAGUCAUCACCAACAGCAACAAAUGCAGCAGCAGCAGCAGUGGUGCCGCCCGCCCUCCCCCCAUCCCUCCCCUCGGAGCUAAGUUAUGACCUGGAGGCUGCUGUGGCGCGCCAGAGCAGCUUCUUCUUCCAAGUGGACCGCCCGUGGAUGCUGGCGAGGCAGUACCUGCAGGGGUCGCUGCAGCGCUACCGCAUGUUCCUCAACCUCGUCAUGCUCAACCGCGGGGCGUUCCUCACGCCCACCUACGACAUCGACCUGCUGUGGCACGCGCACAUGAUGUGCACAGCAGCUUACACUAAGGACACAGACUGGCUGCUGAACCGUCUGCUGGGCCACGACGACUCAGACGCCAUGCCAGUGGCAGCAGCAGCGGCCGCCGCCGCAUCCUCCACCAACACCAUCGACAGCAACACGCGCAAGCGCCUCGAGUGGGCCUACCGAGCCACGGCGCAGCUCUGGGACCGAACCUACGGCUCCCCGUUCGACCGAGCCGGAGCCAUGUUCCGAGGCCCGGCGCCCGUGCCUCUGAACCCCCCGCCGGUGGUGGCGCCGCGGCGAGUUUUGCCGCUGGAAGGGGGGGAAGGGGAGUUUACCAUAGCCGAGCUGAAUGCUGGGAGGGGGUUGGAGCCGAGAAUGACAGUGGAGGUUGAUUUUAUGGUCUGGAGCCUGCUGAAUUUCCAUGCUACGAAUCCUGAGAAUUUGUUCUUGUUGAUCCGGACGAAGCGCGCCGCCCAUGAUUUCUCGCUGCGCACGCGCUCGCUGCCCGCCCGCCCAGGCUGCCGCCCGCCAGCGUGGCGGCAGCGGUGGGCAUUGGAGGCUGAGCUGGCAACAGCUGGACUCCAUUUUGAGCUGAGAGCCGAGUCAGGGACUUUCUGGGGGGGGCUGUGGGGGCCGCGGCUGGUUGGGAGUGGAGGGAUUACCUGGGGGGAGGUGUUAUCUCGCCCAGCUCUACUGGUGGAUAGACAGGUGGUACUGGCGCCAGUAGAUCUGCUCACUGCCUGGGGGAGGGGGGGGGCGUUGGUGGUGAGUGGGGGAGGGGGGCGGGCGAGUGAGUUGCCGCGGGUGCAUGUGGCGGUGUCUCUGACACCCCCCACACCAGCGCCCUACCUCCUCAGAACAGUUUUUAUGCGGGGCACGGACGACAAUGGCUCCAUGAUCUGCGAAGAGAUCGCCAUACAGCGAGACUUCAAGCCACAGUACGGGCGGUGGGGCUCGCGCACGGUGUACAACCACGAGGACAAGGAGGUCUUUGUCAUCCGCAAGAGGGUGGCCAAGGGCACGUGGCAUGCUCGCUACCGACCAGUCCCCGUGGAGCCAAAGGAGAAAGUCAUUCUGUUGCACCAGGGUGGGUGGCGCUAUAUUGAGACCGAUCCUGUUCCAUUACCCGAGCCUGAGCCCCCGCACCUGCGGGUGGGGGUGGUGCGGGGGCCCGUGGUGGCGCAGGCUGUGCCGCAGCCGUCGGAUGACUAUGAUAGCAUCCAACGGUUCUGCUUGCUCGACUGCCUUCCCAACGGUCGCACCGCCACUGUGACGAUCGAGCGGCGGCGCGACUCGACUAUCUUCGUGCAGGGGAUCCAGCUGACGCUGGAGGAGGAGGGAAACAGCCGGGUGCUCCUACUGCCCGGCCGCCAGCACAAGUACAAGGUGCCAGGAGCCCCCUCCGUCGAGGACCUCGGAUUCGCCACUCUCAUCCGCUUCCCCCCGGAUGCCCCUCACGGGCGCGCCACAGCGCUGCUCAACUGGAAGGGCGCAGCAAUGGAGGUGGCGCCAGACGAGUCUGUCCCCCUCGUGCUGCUGCUCUGCACGUGCCUCUCCGAAGCUAUUAAUGACAUGGCAGGGAUUAAUCGUGUUAGGCGCUUCCGCCGCUUGCCAUUGGCCGACCCCGACCCAGCCAAUCACUGGGGCGCACUGAGCAUCUCGAGGGAUAUGGCCAGCGGGGCGGCGGCGGCGGCUAAGAGUGGAGAGGAGGAGUUUUCGUUUUCGAGUGUGGAGAUGAGUCGGCAGAAGUGGUGGAAUCGGCGGCCGCUGCGGUUUGCCAUAGGGGCUGGCAGCUGUGGGGCUGGGGCAUGUGGCCCUAGCUGCACGGGCCCUGUUGAUAUCUUCAGUGGAUGAUAAUAGUAGGGACAAGGUAAGGAUGUCAGAUUUCAUGUGAAUGUAAAAUGUAGAACUAAAAUGAUAAAUGAACGUUUUUUAUAUGAUCUACACUAGAUAU